GCCGUCCCAAAUGUUUCCUCGACGAUAAAAGGCUCUCGCAGGUCCGAGCAGUAGGGCCAGCAGUCGACUUCCCGCUCCAUCAUAUUCCGUAGUCUCCAACAUGGGACGAAGACACCAGGCUUUCGUGAUCGCGCGAGUCGUACCUCACGGUGCCAAGGAUGCCAGUGGUCGAUCCAAGUACCGUUGUAUCGCAGCAUAUCAUCACCAACAGUGCCACGGACGCCUGGCAUUGCAAGGCCUAAGUCGCUUCGUCACCCUACUCAAACAGAAAGAGAAUGCCGAGGUAGUCAGAGCUGAGAUCCAGAGUAUCCAAGGCAAGUACGGUCGAUGGACCCAGGAACCCGAGCUGCCCGAUGUCCCAUGUCCAUUCACGGGGUCAUUGCUGGGUAUGGCGUGGUCCGUAGACAAGGGUGAAGAGGACCCAGAGAGGCCACCGUACAUGAGUGGCGUGACGUUUGCCUGGUCAGUGUUGCCAGCCGAUAGCGGGCCAAGCUGGGACCGCCGGGAAGACGACGGAAUAUCCAUCAUAGACGUAACAGAGCCUGAGUCCCCCGCCUAUUGUCUCAUUCGGGCAGAAGGGCGCCGGCAUCCUGUCGACGCGCAAGGUUAUUUGCGCUACUACAAUCACGAGAGAAACUCGGGUAUCCUUCCGCAUACCUUGGACGACAUCCCACUGGUGACACAGGACGUGCUCGACGAGGUAUGGCCAAUACAGGACAAGGAGCAAGGCAUGGACGCCAAAUCUACGGAGACCGAAGAGGGCUGCACACCUGCGGAUGCCGGGGACCCUGAAGCCUCCAUGGUGGACGCCCUCAUACCCUCCCUCGCUCAGAUGUUAUUGAGGCCCGCACUGGACCAGGCUAUGUCCAGUGGAUAUACGAGUAACAUCGAGAGAUUGUUGUCGCAGCCCGAGAAGGCUCACCAGAUCCGUUCAUAUCUUCGACACCAGAAACCCAUCCCGAGCAAUGCAGUCUCUCUGCUGGAAGCCUUGUUAGCCGAUGAACAAGGUGAAGCAGUAGAUCUGUCUGGCUUCGACCUGUCCACGAACCAACUUCUUCAAGUUCUGUCCUCUCGCAAGGGCGCAGUACAAGCUCUCAACCUUUCGUUCAAUGAGUGCAUCACAUCGGAAUCCAUAUCACAUCUACUCACGACCUUUCCAACCCUGCGCCGACUCGUCCUCAUCGGCUGCCAGUCAAUCAAGGAGGCUGAUCUCUUCGAUCUCCUACGGAACAAGCCCAAACUGUUUUACAAUCUGGAUACCCUCCUGCAUCCUUCCUUGCUCGAUGUCUAUGAGCCCCCGCGCUGGCCCGUCGCCUUUACCUUUGUGUGCACAUCGCUAGCCACCAUGGCGCCGAGGAUGCGCGGCUGCUGCUUGCCUGUCUUCACUCCGACGAGUUUAUUGCAGUCUCUCCUCGACUUGGUGGAGAUCGCCGCGCGGUGUCCCCCAGUGUACGUCUCGUCCGAUGGUGGAGUGGCAGCUCAGGCAGUGUUCACCGCAACGCGGAAACCGGGGCAGCCGUUCUCUGAGAGAACCCUUGCGGCUGCACCCCUGUUCGGCUUGGAUGCCUUUAACGCCCUAGGCUCGCACCCGAGGUGGACAUGUAUCUAUCAAUGGGGCGACCUGUUAGAUGCGACGGGCUGCCAGUAUACCUUCAUCAGGUAUAGGAGCAUUGACGACAUUGUCAACAAAGACGGAGACACGAAGGCACAACGUACCGAUGAAGAUCAAUCACCAGUCAAAUGUUACGACCUGCCUGGCUUUCUGGCUGCACUCCAGACCGAAGGGCGCCCGCCCGCCCCCGACAAUCUGGUUGCUAAGCUGUCCCAGUUCUUACUGUCCAAGGAGGAAUCCGAAAGACGCAGCGCUGAAGCGCCAAGGCAGACACGGGUGCCCGUACCAAAUCUUGUAGGCACUCCGGAAGAACGAAUGUUGCAGAUGUAUGCCCAGGGGCUAGAGACGGAACGGCAAAUGCUCCACAUUCGAGAGGACAAGACGGUUGCAUUCAUGUCUGACGAUGAAGUCAAGCGAAUCAUGGGAACUAUGGCUAUAUCUGACAUGGAGUAUAGGCUUUUCGGCAAUUGGGGAGAUUCGAAGUGAGGGUAUCAUCUAUGCCAUGUACUUACACAUACGGCGAUGAGAAUCGUGUUGUACAAUAGGUCUCAGCAAGUGUAAUGCUAGUGAUCGCUCCGGGAAAACUACUUACAUCAUGAUACAAAGUCACCAGAGCGCUCAUGAACUACACUCAUAGUCCAUCGACAUCGUCGUCUAUCAUGAC